CGUCCCGGGGGUCCCCUGGCACCAUCCCGGCUCCGCUGGCCGCCGCAGCGGCCCCUCCUUCGGGUGCUGGGCGCCCCCCCACCCCCCCCGGAGCUGGGCUCUUCCCUCCCUGGCACGGAGGGUGGCUCCCCCCCCCCCCGCGGCCUCCCCACACCCAGUUUCUCUGCUCUGAUGCUUUUCCGCUUUCCCCUUCCCCCGACGUAAUCUCCGUCUUCUCCCGUAUCCCCGCACCUGCGAUCAGCAUAGGGCUGGUUGUCUCUAACAGGGCAGCUGGGCUCAGCCCUUGGGUUACCUGCUUGUCUCUGGUGGCAUCUUGCAGGGCUUCCUGCCAGGCAGAGGUACUCCCGGCUUCUCCACCCUGGCCCGGCUGCUAAGAGCUCCUGUAUUUCCCAGCUAGCUGUAGGCAAAGGCCUCCCCAGGCCUUCUGCCAUUAGGAAGCAUGGAGUUUGCAGAGCUGAUCAAGACCCCUCGAGUUGAUAACGUCGUACUGCACCGCCCUUUCUACCCUGCCGUGGAGGGCACUCUGUGUUUGACUGGCCAUCACCUCAUUCUUUCCUCACGGCGCCAAGAUGAUGCUGAGGAGCUCUGGCUGCUGCACUCCAAUAUUGACUCUAUUGAAAAAAGGUUUGUGGGCUCAUUGGGUACCAUCAUCAUAAAAUGUAAAGAUCUGCGAAUUAUUCAGCUGGAUAUACCUGGAAUGGAGGAGUGUUUGAACAUUGCUAGCUCUAUUGAGGCUCUUUCUACCUUGGAUUCUGUUACUCUUAUGUAUCCGUUCUUUUUCCGGCCCAUGUUUGAAGUUGUUGAAGAUGGUUGGCGCUCUUUUCUACCUGAGCAAGAGUUCGAGCUUCUCAGUUCAGUAACAGAUGAGUGGCGUCUAAGCUGCAUCAAUAAGGAAUUCUCUGUCUGUCCUUCCUACCCUCCAGUCGUCAUUGUCCCCAAAUCCAUCGAUGAUGAAGCACUUCGGAAGGUGGCCAUGUUUCGCCAUGGCAGUCGCUUCCCAGUCCUCAGCUAUUAUCAUAAGAAGAAUGGUAUGGUAAUGAUGCGAAGUAGUCAGCCUCUUACAGGUACAAAUGGAAGACGCUGUAAAGAAGAUGAGAAGCUUAUUAAUGCCACACUACGAGCAGGCAAGCGCGGCUACGUUAUUGAUACGAGGUCCCUGAAUGUUGCCCAGCAGGCCAGGGCCAAAGGAGGAGGCUUUGAACAGGAAGCGCACUAUCCGCAGUGGAGGAGAAUUCACAAAUCUAUUGAGAGGUUUAAUAUUCUGCAAGAAAGCCUCAUCAAGCUUGUGGAAGCUUGUAAUGACCAGUCGCACAAUAUGGACCGUUGGCUUAGUAAACUGGAAGCUUCUAACUGGCUGACUCACAUCAAGGAGAUACUAACUGCAGCUUGUUUAGCUGCUCAGUGUAUUGAUAGGGAAGGUGCAUCAGUUUUAGUUCAUGGGACUGAAGGAACCGAUUCUACACUCCAGGUAACCUCUCUGGCACAGAUUAUCCUGGAUCCAAGGUGCAGGACCAUACGUGGCUUUGAAUCUCUUGUUGUGAGAGAGUGGCUUCAGGCUGGUCACCCUUUUCAGCAGCGCUGUGCCCAGUCAGCCUACUCGAACAGCAAGCAGAAAUGGGAGGCCCCAGUGUUUCUCCUCUUCUUGGACUGUGUGUGGCAGAUCCUUCGUCAGUUCCCUUGCUCUUUCGAAUUCAGCGAACACUUCCUCAUUAUGCUCUUUGAGCACGCUUACGCUUCGCAGUUUGGGACAUUUCUGGGCAACAACGAAAAUGAGAGGUCUAAACUGAAGCUGCAGCAAAAGACUAUGUCCCUGUGGUCCUGGGUGAACAGGCCUCAAGAACUGAACAAAUACAAGAAUCCUCUCUUUGAGGCCAACAGUCUUGUCAUCUGGCCCUCUGUUGCCCCGCAGAGCUUGCAGCUCUGGGAAGGUGUCUUUCUUCGGUGGAACAGGUCUUCAAAGUUCCUCGACGAAGCCUAUGAAGAAAUGGUCACCCUUAUAGAAUACAACAAGCAACUUAAGGCAAAGGUUAAUGCAUUGAGGAGGAAGUUAGCAGAGCUGGAAACAGAUGAUCGGGUGCAGGAGAACCCAUGAGCUUACAGGGCUUUGGACUCAGGUUUUUCCUUUCAACUCCUCUUUACACUAAAGACUAAACAUGGAAGGUGCAUGUGUUGCAGAGCCCUCUGAUACAACUGAUCCUCAGUCCUCCCACUGCUGAAACCUUCACUUCGCGCUAUGUACACAUCCCUGCUGUUUGGGAGAGAUCAGUUUUGUUUACAGAAGAUGUACACAACCAGCCAUAGUGUCCUCUCUUGGCAGCUUUUCUGUCUCUAAUAAAUUGUGUACAAUGUCAGUAUAAGCUGGAACUCUCACCUCUGUCCAACUCUGUAUGGAUGACCAGGAUGGGCCAAGAGACAGGAUGUCUCAAGUUAAUGUUGGACCUUCUGUUUUUGUUGAACUCUCCAAACACUCCGUUUGCAGGAAUAAAAUACAAAGUUAUAGAUGGAUAGAUAAAGGCAUUUUGUCUGAAAGCACCUUUUUUUUUCCCCAAGUGUAGAUAAGGCAGCUUAAUUCUUUAGUUUUCUAGAAGGUCUAGAAUUUGCAGUUAGAUCAUACCAUUUUCUACGCGUUUAUACAAUACCUUCAGAAGCCUUCACAUCUAACACUUGAUUUUCGUGUUAAGCAUUGGCUUGGGAAUAGUAGCUUGAAUACCAAACUGUGGCAAGAAAUUUCAGUGCAAUACAGAACUGAAGUAGGGAUUCUGCUGCUAGUGUUUAAGCUGUGACCUUCAGGUGAAAUUGUCCCUCAUGUACAAAUAUCUUUCAACAGAUAAACUUUUAUUCCACCUGGAAAACAAAGAGGUUAAGUAGCUGGCAGAGGUGUUCACUUGCUGAGCAAAACAGUGACUUGGAACUGUCCUUUUAACUGGAGCUGCACUGCUCUCAAACUUCUGGUUGCACUGACUGUUUUUAUAAAUUUAAAUAGAAUCACAGCAUUGCUAGGGUGCAAGGGCAUGUACAGCAGCUCUUAAUUAAUGUACAUCUCAACAAAACAUUUUUGCUCCAGGUGAAUUUUUUUUCAUGUUCAUACUAGGUAUUCUAUGUGCUUUGUGAAAAACAAUCAAAAGCAAAAGAUGGGAGUAGGACUAAUUUAACAUAUCAGGUAUCUUUUGCAGAUUAAAAGGCUGUCACACUACAAAAAUGCUUGCGUGUUUAGAUCACCUUUAGUUGCUAAAACUACUUAAAGAUACUAGAGAUCAGCUUUUUUCAAGUUAAUGUAUUUUUUAGCUGUUCUUUGUGUUUCUGUGGCUGCAAUCUGCUUCUUUUUAAAUUCAGAUCUUUGCUGGAGAUUUCCCCCCCACACACACUCUAAAAAGGCAGUCAAGAGUAGGUCUGAAAUAUUAACUCAUCUAGACAUUUUUUCAAUUUGAUUCAACUGGUAGCCAUACAUGACUGAGAAGAUUUGAAUUAAAACAAAUCAUGUGGCUGGGAUUAUUUUAAAAGUUGCUUACUGUUAGCUGCUUUCUUCUGAAAUGAAUGGAGCUUCAUUAGGCCAAUGUUGACCACUUUGGAAAGCGUUGAAAUUCCCUUAGCCAUGAUAUUUUGUGUUUUGGAGUGAAGAUGCGUUUAUUUAAGUUCUGCUUUCACAGAAAUAUGUGUAUAUAUAUGUAUAUGAGAAUGGGUGGAAUUUUGUCUUAGAAGUAUCUGGAGAGUAAUUGUCUGCAAAACUCCUAUAACCUAUAAAAUGGGUGUUCCAUGACCAAGGAAAUAAUUUAUAUAAAAUUACUUGAUAGUUGUUUUUAAAUGCUACCUUAAUGCCUUUUACUUCAGUCCUUGUUUCCUUAACUAUUUUCUUCUUGAUCAGCCUAAACUUGGUCCUGAUGUGGUGUUUGUUUUGGGUUUUUUUUUUUCUUCUUUUUCGUUCUCCAAAAGAGUUAACUUGCAUAGUUUCAUUUUACAAGGGCUGCUUUAAAAAGAGAUCCCCUUUAAACAGAAAUAGCCUUAGGGCAGACAAAUAAUUCCCCUAGUCUUAAUAUCAAAUUAUUUUUAGAUUUGGACAAAGGUAGUCUUGUUUGCUAAAUUUAAGAUUGACAUAGGGAAUAGUUUUCAGGGCGGGCUAGUGAUCUCUAUUGUGUAACUGGGAGAUGCAAGUUGGCCAUACCUUCCUCCCACUGCCAAACCCCUGGUUUUGGAACUGUCUUCCAGGUAUUUACAAGAUGUAAGCCCUUGAAAUUACAGCUCACUCUUUAAACUUACGGCUAUGUUGUCUGCACCUGCUUCAAUGUAGUAUUCCUGUUCAAUUCAGAAUUUCUGCUGUGCCUGUGUGUCUGAAAUGCACCAUUACUAGUCAGAUGAGAAGGAUUCAGAAGGGAGUUUUUUCCCCCAUAAUAGACUAUGCGUAAAACAUUUAAAGGUUAUGUAAUUUCCUAACAUAGUAAUUAUAUAUUGAGCUAAAUAGUAGAGAAGCAAAGGGGGUUUUAGAUCUAAUUGCCUGACUGUUCUAGUCUCUAGUGCAAACUGUGUGCGUUUGAGGAAACUGGGUAACCAGCUGUGACAGCUAACAAAAGUCAGAGUAUUCUUUGAGCUGGCAUUUCAUCCUUGACUUAUGUUUCAGGACUAAAUCCACCUCUAAGUGAUGUGUGUUUGCCAUGGCUUAGUGGUAGUGUGGAUCACAGCCUUAAAGAUAAAACGCUAGUGUAGUUCUGAACAGUGAGAGUAGUUCUUUCCUGCUUCCUCUGCCAUAGUGCACCUUUAUUCACAACUAAGUGCAAGACUUGGAGGCUUACGUUAACUUCCAAAUAGUCACCUUCCUGAGAUGCUGUCAGGAGCAGUUCUGCAACAUAUUGCAUGUGCUGGAGUUAGGGUAGGAUAUUUGGACCCUUGCAGGUCCUCCUGGAAGAACACAGUUCCCAGACCUUUUCUGGUAGCCUAUUUACAUGUUCCCUUUUGACCUUUUCAUCCCCAGUGCCUUCCAGGCUUGAGUCUGGUGGCUGCUGAUAACACACACUGGAGCCCUCCAGUUCUUCACUUGCCUGCCUGUCCACAAUCUUUAUUCACAUACUUAAAGCUAAUGAUCAGCUUGCUUCCUCUUAGAGAGGGGGUUUUGCUGGACUCUUUGCCUCACAGUGUCACUGACAUGCUGCUUGCAGGUUACCUGCACACGUACCUGAGCUGUAAGCGUUGUGGUAGUGCCCAACUCUGGCCCUUCAGCGUGGCAUUGCCUUACGCUGUUGCCGAGACACCUGCUUCUCCUCUUUUGCACGUGGCUAUUCAUGAAAUAAACUGGACAUGAAGUCCCCUGAAAAACUCUUGGAGUCGGUCAAUGUGGACACUGCCAUUUACCAAAAAAAAAAAGGGAAGAGGAACUAACUUGCACAGUUUUCAUAAACACAAAGGGAAUAUGUACCUUCAACAUUUUGAUUGUAUUGCUCUAACUCUUGAAUGUGGUGAUCUGUUGAAGUGCACUAUUGUUCAUGUUGCAUAUUAUAUAACUUAAAUUGCACUGUAUAGCAUAUUGGCGUUUCAUGUAUGCUUUGCUAAAGCCUUGGAAAGUGCUAUCAUGUACAGAUUCCUGUACAAGGGAAAAAUGUCUAUACUAGCAAUUCUACCUUUUUUGUAACUGUGUGACAUUGAAUAGCACUGAGUUUAAAGUCAUGUGUAUUAUAUAUCUGUUACCUAGUUCAAAUUUCAGUGGAGUGCAUUUCUGUCCAAACAUCUGGAAUUGCUAAUGGGACUUGGCUGCUGCUUUAAACUCGAUUUAAAAUGAAAUAAGUAACAACGUUGGGACUUGUGUGCUGUUGUUAGAAGUAUGCUGUAUGUGUACAGAAUCCCAGCCACUGCGGUGGUGAAUAUAUCACAAAAAGGUAACAAAUUUAGGAAAAAAAACUAUAAUGGCUGAAGUUGUUUAGCCAUUUAGGGGAAAUAACAGAUGUAAAAUGCUGUAAACUUUUGCUGUAGACUUGUUGAGAACACAGUGGAAAUAUCUGUCUGAAUUAAAAUCUUGAAGACUAAAACAGUUCUUAAA